CAGGAUGUUGCGCGCCGGCAGCCUGUACCUCGCUCGCAUAACUAGGGCGUGCCUUUCCUCGCUUGGAUGGAGCCUCGGAGAAACUCAGGGCGCGCUUCUUGAUGCCGCUUCUCCUGCUAGUGCUGGCGUCUGCAGCAGAAGGCGCGUCUUGCGCUGCUGAGGCUGUGGAGACUACGGGGGCUGUGGGCACUGCGAGAAAGGUCGUCGUUUCUGUUAGAAUGGAAGCCGCUGAUGCGCUGGUAGUUGUCGUAGCCGUUGCCUCAGCUCUCGCUUCCUUGGCGACUCUGUUACACGUCGCUUUGAAGGUCCUUGUUUGCAAGAAUCCGAAGUACAGACUUAAGACAUCGACAUGAACUUUCUUGCUCUGCAGACCAUAAGCUAGCGUUCCUUUGGUGUCUUUA